AUGGUUGGGUGGCAAAUCAAUGAUGGUGAUGGGUAUAAUCGGGAAAAGAGAGAUCAGUGAUAGUAAGGGAAGCCUUGGCGUCGCGUCGCCCUAAUUAACGACGACAAUGGCGUCGUCGUUUUCCUGGGGGUCGGAAACCGGAAUCCGUUCAUCAUCAUCCCACCAACUCCAGCAACGCACAUUCUUCUGGCUUUUCUGGAAAAUCCGGCGGCUUUUCGCACGUCGUUCAUUCAGAUUUUUGACAGUUCUCAUAGCCUGUUUUGAAUAAUUUAGAGUGCGGGGAAGAAGAUUCCCGUGAUAAGGUGAUAAUCAUGGCCGUAAGACUGAUCUCUACAGUGCUUGCGGAUUUUGAAAGGAGCAUCCGCAAGGUUCACGAAGGUUUUGAAGAAAAGAGCCAGUGCUAUUUCAGAAUAAUUUAAAAUCAAAAAAAUGCUCACAAAUAACGAAAUUCUGUCAGACUUUCUCUUGGAGGAAAAAUAACGGAACAGUUUUCUUUCAUAGUCCCAAGUUUUCCAAUAUAAUUAGGUUUCGUCCUUCAUUUUUCAACUAGUUGGCAUGAAAUAAAUAAUUUUAAAAAAAUCAGUUGAGAAUUAUAACUUUUGCAAAAGCUUAUCAUAAAAAAAUUACAGACACAGCGAGUCUUCCAUGCUGCCGGGAUCGCUUCGGGGAACAGGCAUGUCAAUCUUUGCGCAAAACUCAUCCGGCUCUCUUCGAAAAGAGGUACCAAAACAAUGUUUUACCUUAAAAUUGUUUUAAACAGAUGCCUUAGCGACCACGAUUUUCACUCAAUCGACUGUUGCUCUGAAUGUCGCCGCUACAUUGUCAAAAGUAGGCUUAAAUGGAAGUAAUUCGGUUUCCCAGAACCAACUGGAUAAUUUGGCAAAAGUACCUCUAUUUUUAGAUCCAUCAGUUCAUUCAAUAGUUUAGUACCUUCAAGAUUGUGAGAAAAUAAGUCAAAAAAUUCAUUUUCAGACAAAAUCAGUGCCGAAAAUGCUCGCGUGCUUUUCAAAGCACCGAGUUUGUGUCGUGACAAGCAUUCCGUCUCAUUCUGCCGUCGGUUCAAAGCCACCGGCAUGGGAAAAUACAGGUAGACGUUGUUUUCAUUUAUGAUCUUCAAAACAGAAAAAUUCUCAAUCGAGGAAAAACCGCCACAUCACGGGCAAAAAGACUUGUAGAAGAAAUAAUGAAAAAAAAAAUUCUUCACAACAUCUUCCAAACGAGAAGCUCAAAAAAAGGACUGAAGAGUCGAUGAAAAAAUUCUUUCAAGUAUUUUUUUUAAAAAGGUGCAAAACCAAGUUUUCUUUUCUUUUGAAUGUUCAUUGAAGGUCCUUUGAACUUCACCUGAACAGGAUUUCUGACUGACUGAACAAUUCACCUCUUUUUUUCCAAAAAAACCAACCAAUAACGUUUUUCCAGUUGCGCCGACGCGGAAUUCGCAGUCCGAGUGUGUCGCCACUCCUGUGGUUACUGUAACGACGAGCUCUACGCGGCUCAAAAUGCUCCGCGACUUUGCUCUGCCGACAUCGGAAACGAGACCGACAUCGCCUUCAAACUCCUCCGAACUCCCAAUUGA